GCUAGAAUACCUAACUGCAUCUUCUGGCGGUCCAAUGGAACCCGACACGAUGGGGCCACAACCGACCACGGGCGAAGCGGGAGAGGAGUACAGGACAUCGCCCGAUCGAGCACUGAGGGAUCUGAAGGAACGAAUUAGGCAAGAAGCACCGCUGAGAUGGGGUGACCAAACCAAUGACGGAGGGCCCAACAUAAGAGGCGAACCAGUUGCGACAGAGCCGCAGGAGGCUCUAAAGACGGGUACCUCGAGCGGACGACGAGAAGCGACGAGGCGACGCUCCUCCGAGUACGAGCGGAGGGAGACCAUAGCGGACAGGCACAGAGACGACUGGAGAGAGAAUUUGAGGGAUUCCUAUUGGAGGGACAGAGAUAGAGACAGGGCGCCGCCCAGGCGAGUCUUCGACCCCCAGACAGGGGAGUCACAUCCGCUCCCUUACGAGAGCAAGGAUCGCUAUAUUAUUACGCACAAGGYCUCAGAGCCUCCUACCUUCAGGGGCUAUGGUAGGCAAAAGAGUAUACUUAGAGUUCUUCCGCGCGACAGGCUUGAUUUCCCAGAAGUCCUAAAGCUCGCGAUAAAGGCAGAGGCAGACGAUUACAAGGACUUGGUGUGGAGAGGGAUGAGGAGACGUGACUUCUCUCUCUACAAGGAGUAUGCCACUGAUAGAUGUCCUGAUUUCAAGGAUUAUCCCUGGUCGGAGAAGAAUGAGGCUGUGGCUGAGGAAGUGAAGGAGAUACGGGACAUGGUGAAGGGAUUAACGGGACAAGUUACAGAGAUUGUGACCACUACAGGGGUCACGGCCUACCGGGACAAACCUGGAGGGCCCUAUUCACUUCGCUGGGACCGUAGGAACAACGAUCCCUGGAGUAGUGUCGAGGAUAGAAAUCCUCGGACGCUGACUGAUUAUCGUACAAGGGGAAGAGAGAGAGACGAUGAGCCAUGGCAACGUAGGGACGAUGAGAUAGACCAAGACCGCAGAGAUCGUGAGCCGUUUGUGCGAGCAAGGAGGCUGAAUGAUUACCCGCGAAGCCCUUGCUAUGAGGUCGAUCGGGGUAGAGGCGACUCCCGCGGCCGAUGGGAGACAGAUCAGGGCCGACGAGAUGGAUAUAGGGACGACAGAUACGAGAGAUCGGACCGAGGUGGAUGUAGGGACGACAGAUACGAGAGGUCGGGUCGAGAUGGCUACAGAGGAAGUAGGUAUGAGAGAGGAGAUCGGGACUGGGAACGACAAGAUGGGUCACGCGGACGGUUUGAGCGCGGGGGAGAUGCGAGAGAGCAACGCGACGAGUCGCGGGGGUGGUACAUCCGAGGGGACCGACGCGAUGAGUCACGAGGACGAUAUGACUCGGGGGACCGCCGGAAUGAUUCGCGAGGGCGGUAUGAGCAUGGAGGGUCUGGAGGAGACCGCCUCAACGAUUCGCGCGGUCGGAAUGAGAGAGGGGGAUAUGGCGCAUCAUCAGAACUAUAUCCAAAGUCGCCUGACCUCAAGGCGGCCAGGGGUUCGAUCUCUAGAGGCGCAGACGACAGGGCAUCUACUCCCAGGAACUCAUGCGUCUACUGUAGAGGAGAAGAUCAUAUCAAGAGGGAUUGGCCGGACCUCAAACGGACAAUAAAUGAGGGACUUGUCGUGCUUGACGACCGCAAGUACGUCAAGUGGGCAGAUGAUCUGGGAGAUUUAUCGAUGUUCCCCUCGAUGAAGGAGAAUGUCGAAGCAAGGAGAAUAAAGACGAGUAAAUGAAUGGAGCCGGUCAAGAGUCAGAGCAUCAAGAUAACCUUUGAGGGGGAUAUCGCGACCACACCCAUAAGGGUGGCAGCCACCAAGUCGGCAAGAGGGUCUACAUCGAAGAAGACUGACACGGACUACGUGAUGACGGAGAAGGACGGGCAGCGGGUCGAUGGAGAGGAGGUUAUCCUUUCGCCGCGAAAGAGGGGAGUGAAGAAGUUCUUAAUGAAGAGUUCGCUGGACG